UAUAAAAAAAAAUCAAAUCGUAAAACCAUGGAAAAAUUCUUAUUUGAAGCCUCGUUUAAAGAAAUUUAUGAUAAAUCUAGCCAAGAAUCUGAUAUUGAACAAGAAGUGUUAUAUGAUGAAUUUCUCAAAUUUGACUACGAAUCGCUCAAAAAAGCACAAAAAAGAGUAAUUGAAUUAAUAGAAGAAACUGAUAAUGAAUCUCUUGAGAGUAGUGAUGAAUCUUUUGAAAGUGACAAUGAACCUCUUGAAGGUGGUGAUGAGAUAGAAACUUAA